AUGUCCUAUUACCCCCCUUACUCGGGCCCGCCCGGUUAUCCCCCGCAACAGUAUUCCUAUCCUCCUCAGCAGCCGUCGUACGGCGCUCCGUCUUAUCAGCAACCAAUGCAGCAUCAUCAUCACCAGUCGUCCUACGGCGGCGGGUAUCCCGGUCAAGCCUAUCGCCAACAGCCUCCUCCCAGCAACCCCUAUCCUUCGUACGGUCAGCCGUCGCCCCAACCCUAUGGAUCGCAUGCCCCUCAGGGUGGAUAUGGCGGCGGUCCGCCGUCGGGCUACAACAGCCCGGCACCCAACGGUGGUCACAUGUACCAGGGACAGGGACACAGACAACAAGGUGCUCCCAACCCCUACCAGAACUCCUACGGCCAAGGCAACCACGGCGGCCAUGGCGCUCCGGCUCCUCCUCCCAGCGACCCCGUCGCCUUCGGCCAUGGCGCUCCCCAAGGAUACAACUUCCAGUACUCCCGUUGCACCGGCAAGAGAAAGGCGCUUCUGAUCGGUAUCAACUACUUCAACCAGAAGGGUCAGCUGCGCGGAUGUAUCAACGACGUCAAGAACAUGUCCUCCUACCUCAACCAGAACUUUGGCUACGCUCGCGAAGAUAUGGUGCUGCUGACGGAUGACCAACAAAACCCCAUGAGCCAGCCGACCAAGGCCAACAUCCUGCGCGCCAUGCACUGGUUGGUCAAGGACGCCCGUCCUAACGAUUCGCUCUUCUUCCACUACUCGGGUCACGGUGGUCAGACCCCCGAUUUGGACGGCGACGAGGACGACGGAUACGACGAAGUGAUUUACCCUGUUGAUUUCCGCCAGGCGGGCCACAUUGUCGACGACGAGAUGCACCGCAUCAUGGUAAAGUCUCUGCAGCCGGGCGUGCGACUGACGGCCAUCUUCGACUCCUGCCACUCCGGCUCCGCUCUGGACCUGCCCUACGUCUACUCGACCCAGGGUGUCCUCAAGGAACCCAACCUUGCCAAGGAAGCCGGUCAGGGUCUUCUGGGUGUGGUGUCGGCCUACGCCCGCGGCGACAUGGGCAGCAUGAUGUCGACAGCGGUCGGCUUCCUCAAGAAGGCCACCAAGGGCGACGAGGUGUACGAGCGCAACAAGGUGACCAAGACGAGCCCGGCAGAUGUCAUCAUGUGGUCGGGCAGCAAGGACGACCAGACCAGUCAAGACGCCCAGAUUGCCGGCCAGGCCACGGGAGCCAUGUCGUGGGCCUUUAUCAGCGCCAUGCGCAAGAACCCGCAGCAGAGCUACGUGCAACUGUUGAACAGCAUCCGAGACGAGCUGUCGACCAAGUACACGCAGAAGCCGCAACUAAGCUGCAGUCACCCCUUAGAUACGAACUUGCUCUAUGUGAUGUAA